GCUAGGAGCAUCUCUGUUAAUAUGCUGAUGUACACAUGAGAUAUGCAGUGAAACUACAGAUGGAAGAAUCAAUGAAGAGAUAAGAGCUGCAUAGAUGAGAGAAAAAAAACAAAUACAUUAUUGUAAAGAGAAAUUGCAGCAUCCUAUGAGCAGAAAUAUCCAACAAAGUGCACCAGGAUUUGCCCGGAGAGCAAGAUACUUGUUUAAUGUAUUCAUCCAAUAGAAUUAUGAUACUGACUUCUACAGCAUUUCAUCCCUGAAGGAGUUGGAUGAGUGUGUGGCAGUUCUCAUGCGGCACCCACAGUGUUGUCAGAUUAGCAGAGAGCUGGUAGAGUGCAGUCAGCAGAGCCCUGCAGUACCCACACUUGGCUGCUGCUGCUGGAUAAAAUACGCAGAGAUAAAGAUGAAUGUUCCUGGUCACUGCUGCUGACCUGAGAUUUGGUGUCAAGGCCAUUCCCAGGGCUUUAAUUGGGAGGCAGAGAAAUACCUUCCCUAGGACUGAUGGUCAAUGAAGCGUGAAAGAAUUGCACCCUAGAAAUAAAGCCAUGUUUUGAAGAAUGUCUGACCCAUCUGAAGUCAGUGCUGUUGAGGAAGGUUCUCCUUCAGUUAACAGUUCAAUAACUUGCUCCACACAAGUUGAUAACUUGCCUUAUGUCCCACAAGCGAUAACCAUUCAGUUAACUAAAGUACACAGUGAAGAAAACUGGGAAAAUUUAGAUGAGAGUGAGCUCAUUUUCACAUUGGAUCAAGAUGAUGAUGCUGGCUCAGGAUCUAUAGUUGAGAAACCCGUAUCCCCAGCACAUUUCCAUUCUGCAGGACACUCUGGAAUUGUGGUGAAUGAAUUGGCCUUGGCUGCAUACGAGUGUGUUGGUGAUGUUUUGUUGUGUAAUGAAACCCAGAGAUGCCUCUCCCCAUUAUUUCCAAGCUCGCCUACAUCCAAACCACUCAUCAAUUUGGUGAAAUCUGUCUCCACUGAAAUUGAGUCUAAGGACCCUUCGCCACAUAAGCCUCAUCCCUUGGUAAAUCUAGUCAAGUCCAUCUCUACAGAAAUUUCCCGGCUGGAGCCUGAGGUGACACAAUCCAAGUCAGACUCUAAACUCAACGUUCACCUCUGGAGACAGAUAACCCAACCUAAAAAUAAGAAUGGAGACUCCAGGACAGCUCCCUCAUCUCCAAGCAUGUCACCAUCUGAGAGUAAAGGAAUGUUUUUUAAUGUCCAGGAUGUAGAAGCAAAACUGGAAGAUACUAAGAGGAGGCUUUCAGAAGCCAUGCAAGAACCCUUGAGUAUGCUUAGUAAGAUAAUAGGAGAUGAACCUAGUUCCAGUUCCAGAUAUAGAACUAAUUCUCCUGUAGUAUUAGCACAAGAGUCCCCAACCAGCCAAAGGGAUCAAGUGCUUUUUGAUGCAAGGAACACGUUAUCAAUAUAUCGAAGAAAUGAAGAAGCUGAGAGUUUAGUCUUCACAGAAAGUACAACAAAACCUGUCCAUAAAGACUCCCUGAAAAACUAUUGCAACUACGAAAUCUGUUCAUAUGGCGAUGUAAUUCAGGUAGUAGAGUUAUCAACCAAUGACAGUUCAGAAGUAGACUCUCCUGGUGCCAAUCUCCAGCCUCCACUUCAUCGCAGUGAUGUGCCAUGCAGUGCUCUGGCCUGUGUUGCAAUCUUAACUUACAACUUUUUCAUUUGGCCUCUUCCAUCAUAUAUAUCAGGUCUUUUGCUUGGUCUGGCAAGUGGCUUUCUUUUAGGCUUUUUUUUAAUUUUGUUGUUUGUGCCCAAAACAACUUAUUCCACCAGACAUGCACGUUUCGUACAGGAGAAGUUAAAAUCCUCUUUAGCAACACCUAAACCCCAGGAACCUGAUAUAAUGAAGGGCUGGAUGAACGAGAUGUUUUCUUAUGACCCUGAGACUUACCACCCAGCGUUCACACACUCUGUAUUUGUGACAUUAGAAGGCACAUCCAUAAAACGUUCAUACCCAAAAAACAACUUGCCUCGAAGAUCAAUCUUUGGAGAGGAGAUACCUGACAUUGUCUUCAUUAACCAUCAGGUCAACGACUUGACCAAUGCAGAGGUGUUCCUUUAUCCAUAUGGUCUGGCAAGGAAAAGACUAUGGAAUAAAAAGUAUCCUAUCUGCAUCCAGCUCUCUGACACAGAAGAAUUGGUGUCCCCAAGUUUAGAACUAUGUGAGACAGAGGAUGUAGGGGAAGAAGCUCUGAAACUCAAUCCAGAAAAUACCCAGAAGCUACCUGGGGAUUGUAAGACAGAAACAUUAUAUCUGUUUGGAAGAACAGGAAGGGAAAAAGAAGAAUGGUACCAGCACUUGGUGAAAGCUUCCAGAGGGCUCACAAAUGGGCAGGGAAAUACCAGCAGAUGUGAGAGCAAGGCAGGUUUUGUUCCAAACACACAUUCCAGCCCGAGCAGCUGGGGAGGACCUAGUAACUGCAGUGGGGAGAGCACAGAGGAGAAUCCCUGCCAGUUUAGGCCCAAGGACCUGGUAGGAAAUGUCAAACAGAAGAUACUUCUGGACUACACAUCCUACAUGGGUCAUUUUAUCCCACCUGAACAAAUUAGCCCCCUUCUAAGCCCCUGCCAAAGUGAGGCCAGUAGCCCAACUCCAAGGAAAAAGUACCAGGUAGAACGCAGCCCCGUAAGCAACUCCCAGUUAAACUGGAUAAAUGUUCUCAUUGGACGAAUAUUUUGGGACUUCCUAAGAGAGAAGUACUGGGAAGAUAUGGUGGCCAACAAGAUUCAAAAGAAGCUGAGUAAAAUCAAGCUGCCACAUUUUAUGAAUGAAUUAACCCUCAAAGACCUGGACUUGGGAACAUCACUGCCACAAGUGCUCUCCAAUUCAGCUCCAACGAUGAACGAAAGAGGUCUGUGGAUGGAUAUGGAGGUGGCUUACUUGGGCUCCCUGCAAGUCACUUUAGAGACGAAAAUGAACUUAUCCAAACUGGGGAAGGAAAUUUUAGAGGAACGAGGGCAGACAGAAGACAGAAGGGAAGGACCACGGACUUCCAGGACUAGAAUUCUAGCAGACAGUGAUGAAGAGUCUUCCAGUGCCGGCUCCUCGGAGGACGAAGAGAUUCCCAUAACAGAGGUGCCGGGGAUUAUGGGCGAGAGACCCAGCCCAGCUAAUGUUGAAUGCUUUACAGGCGGGAGCAGCACCGGCCGCAGAAUCCUGAGGUUUGUGGACAAAAUUGCUAAGUCUCGAUACUUCCAGAAGGCAACAGAGAACGAAUACAUCAAAAGGAAGAUUGAAGAGGUAUCAAACACCCCUCUUUUGCUGACCGUUGAGGUCCAGGAACUGGAAGGCACUUUAGUUGUUAACAUCCCUCCUCCACCGACAGACAGUAUAUGGUAUAGCUUUCGAACGCCCCCACGACUGGAGAUGAAGGUGCGGCCGAAGCUUGGUGAACGAGAGGUGACAUUCAUCCAUGUGACGGAAUGGAUAGAGAAGAAACUACAGGAUGAGUUUCAGAAAGUUUUGGUGAUGCCAAACAUGGAUGACCUUUAUUUUCCAAUCAUGAAAUCCAGUGUGGAGAACCCCCAGGCAUGACAAGCACAUAAGCAACCAGUUCUAUGAACCAAUCGAAUGGAGAUUUAGAAGAUUUGCUUCCAGCACCUUUCAUUGGAGAACUGUGACUAUAAAGGAACGAAAGACUGCACCUGAAGCCCAUUUAAUUAGCUAUGGGGAUACGGACUGAGAUAAACCACUUGAGAAUACAUGAGAUAAUAAAGUGCUGUAAGAGUGUAUGAUCUGUUAAAGAUUUUUGCCAUUUCAACGUGGAACAGCCAACGAUGAUAACCAUAUGUAAAUAUAAUGUUUUGGAGCAAAAAUAUAUGCCAUAGGCAAUCUUGCUGAUGCCAUCAAUUCCUCUAAGGAGCUGCUAUUGACUUUAAUAAUGUGUUUCCAUGUCAGUAUUUCAGUUUAAUUAAUUUAUGGUUGAACUUCAUCUUGGUAUUUCAGUUGCUGGUCCACUAUUGAAUAAUUGAUGCACAAGAUGCUGUAAUGUACUAUAAAAUCAUGUAGAACUCUGUUUCUAUUCUUUAUUUUUUAAUUUUCUGACUAUUAGGAAGUUAGAGCAAUAAUAGAUAGUUGAGAUCCAUUCCAUUGUGACUAAGCUUUAUCAAAUAAUUGCAUUUAAAGAGUUCCAUCAAGAUUAUGUUUUUCAAAUUGUAUCAUAAAGCUCCCAUCAACUCUACUGAUAGCUGUUGGAUCACGUGUUGUACCAAAAAAGGAUAAAAGACUAGUUUGAGUCAAAUUAAAGGGACACUGAACCCAAUUUUUUUCUUUCAUGAUUCAGAUAGAGCUUUCAAUUUUAAGCAACUUUCUAAUUUACACCUAUUAUCAAUUUUUCUUCGUUCUCUUGCUUUCUUUAUUUGAAAAAGAAGGCAUCUAAGCUAUUUUUGGGAUUCAGAACCAUGGAAAGCACUUGUUUAUUGAUGGGUGAAUUUAUCCACCAAUCAGCAAGAACAACACAGUUUGUUCACCAAAAAUGGGCCGGCAUCUAAACUUACAUUCUUGCAUUUCAAAUAAAGAUACCAAGAGAAUGAAGACAAUUUGAUAAUAGGAGUCAA